AUGAGCAACCACUCGGCACCCGGCGAAGCUCCCCUUUCCCCGGGCAGGAUGCGACUGAGGUCCGGGCGGUGCCACGCCCGGGUAAGUUCGCCCAGCACCCCGAAGGAAGCGCGAGCCGAGCCGACACCCACGGCGGACGGAAUCAAGGAAUCGCCCGGCACCCCGGAGGGACCGAGGGAAGGUCCGUCCUCCACAACGGCCACCCGAAGGGAGGGCGAAUGGAGUGGCGAGCGCACCGGCAGGAGUCUGCAGGCGGCGGCAAGGCUGGACGCGCUGGAGGAAGGAAUGCAGGCGAUGCAGCUGCUGUUCCAACAGCUGACGGCGGCGCAGAAACCCCAUGGCAGCAGCAUCGUGGAGACGCACCCGGACGAGAGACGGCGGGACGACCUCGCGGGAGGUGGCGGCUAUGAAGGAGCACGGUCCAAGGAGCCCACCCGACGAACGGAGGCGGCCCCAGAUGAAAGACAGAGUGGCUACCCAGCGGACGGCAGCUGCUACGGCGGAGCCCGAUCCCAGGAGCCCACCCGACGACCGGAGAUGCACCCGGACGAAAGGCGGAGUGGCUACCCAGCGGACGGCAGCUGCUACGGAGGAGCCCGAUCCCAGGAGCCCACCCGACGACCGGAGAUGCACCCGGACAAAAGGCGGAGCGAGGACCCGGAGUACGGCGGCGGCGACGAAUUUCAUCUUAUUGGACUUGGGCACCUGAGAGCUCCCUCUGUUUUCUUUGCUAUUGUCCUGUUUAUGAGUCUUAUUGCUCUGACAGGAAACUCUCUCCUCCUCUUUCUAAUCCAGAUGGACUCCUCACUUCAUACCCCCAUGUACUUCUUCCUGAGCCAACUGUCGUGUGUGGAUAUGGGACAAAUCCUCAUUGUGAUCCCUAAAAUGUCAGUCAAUUUUUUAACUCAAAGAAACACUAUUUCACUAGGAGGCUGCAUAGUGCAGAUUUUUCUCACGCUGACCAUGGGGAGCUCAGAAUGUCUCCUUUUGACUGUCAUGUCAUACGACAGGUACGUCGCCAUCUGCAGACCCUUGCAGUACCCAGUUCUUAUGAGGAGAACCAUCUGCCUGGUCAUGAGUGCAGGAAUCUGGUCGUCUUCAUCGCUUACCAUUAUGGUCAUAGCAAUUUAUGUACAAUCUCUACCUUACUGUAGGUCAAACAUAAUAGACCAUUUUGUCUGUGAAUUCCCAGCUUUGCUGAAACUAACAUGUGCUGACACAUCUGCAUUUGAAAAAGUAGUAUACUUUGACACUGUGUUGUUACUUUUCCUGCCUAUCUUAGUCAUUCUCUUCUCAUACAUAGCCAUCCUUGUGCAGAUUUUGAGCAUGCGCUCAGUUGAGGGAAGGCACAAAGCAUUAGGCACCUGUGUGUCCCAUUUAUCUGUAGUGGGCAUCUUCUAUGGGGCAAGCAUUCUAACAUACAGUACUCCUGUAUCCUCUUACUCAGCACGUAAGUCCAUGAUUUAUUCCGUGUGCAUCACAGUUGUUCCUCCAAUGCUGAACCCUUUUAUCUAUAGCUUACGAAACAGGGAUGUUAUAGCAGCUCUACAAAAACUCUUUCGAGACUGA